AUGCACCUCUUUCACCGCAAUCCCAACGGGGAUGUUCAUUGGAUCGUUGAUGGUAAAAAGUAUCUACACAUUGGCAACCGGAAUAAGAAGAUACUCGCUUUAGCGAAUGACAUCCCUUCUACAAAUUGGCAUCUCCAAUCCAACUUGGGUGUCACUGCAACCUGUAGACCUCCGACCACCAUUCCUAAUCCUCCUGCUGCAACUGCAACUGCAGGUGCUUCCAACUCCUCUCGACCUAUUCCUUUUCCUAAACACAACAUUUACAUGGGCGAAUUUGCACGCUUAGACCACCAUUACACGAGCUUACAGCAGGAGGUAGGAGAGAUUUACACGGGCGUUGCUGAAAACACUUCGAAAUUUGAAGACUAUCGGAAUCUUCAGGAAGAGCAUUGGGCCCAGUAG